CCAUUGAGAUGAUUAGAUCCACAGGGCAGUGACGCAGGGGUGAGAGAAGAGAGGCUGUCCUCCGGCAUAAAUACCCCCUACACUGCAACGCGUUCAUCGGAAGAGAUCGCUAGCUACCAGAAGGAUGAUGAGUACGAGUAGCACGCAGAAGAGGAGAAGCAGCUCCUUCGUGGGCAUCCGCUGCGGCUGCAAGGACUCCAAAUCGGUGUCGGUGUCUGCGUCGCAGUCGUCGAGCUCCGACAUGAAAUCCACGACACGGACACUGACGACGCGGAGGGCCAGGGAGCUGUCGUCUGCGGACACCAUGACCUUGACCUCCCCCUCCACCUCCUCCUACUGGGAGGAGGAGGCCAAGCUGGGGAGCUCCGCCAGCACGCCGAGCUUCUCUGGUCUCCUGCGCCAGCUCAACGAGCUGGAGCAGGAUGUCAUGUCGUGGGGACGAUGCACUGCCCGACCCACCGAUGACAAAGAAGAGGAGAGCAAGAGAUGGCAUCAGCGGAGCGGCAGCGAAGGAGCUGGAGGACGGAGAGUGGAGGAGAGCGUGGCGGUGGUGAAGGAGACGGAAGACCCGUUGGGGGAGUUCAGGAGAUCGAUGCUUCAGAUGAUCGUCGAGAAGGAGAUCGUGGACGGCGAGGAGCUACGGGAGCUGCUCCGCCGAUUCCUUGCCCUCAACUCACCUCGCCACCAUGAUACCAUCCUCCGAGCAUUCGCCGAGAUAUGGGAAGAAGUAUUCACCGGCCACGACAACAACGGCAUACUUGCCGCCGUUCGUCGGAACCUCUAACAAGCAGAACCACUGCUCGUCUAAUCACUGUUAUCCAUCAUCUCUGUUCUUCGAUGAAUGAUCUUAGUGUUGAUUACUUCUUGUUAGUGGUAAAUCCACAUCUCAGCCACCAAAACUCGAAAGAUGAGACUGCCGUAUUCCAUUAAAGUACGCUAGUGGUCGAGGUGGAGGGAGCGUGGGUGGUCUAACCCCGUGAAUUUGGUUGCGAAGAAAGGACACGAGGAUUCGUGGGAGUAGCUGUAAAUUUUGUUGGUAGCAUCAGUGAGCAUCCAGUGCGGUACUGCUGCAAUGAUUUCUGAAAGUAAUGUUCUGCUACUGUUCAAUCUUGUGACAGUACC